AUGUCGAGUUUCAUUUCGGUCCCCGCUGCUUCUUCAUCUGCAGUCCCCCAGCCAGAGCAGCAUUCUGAGCCACCGAGCUUGAAAGAGGAUGGCCAAAACCAAGACCAAAUACGAAAGGAAUGGAAAAAGCAUAUUCCAAAGCCCAAAUUACGCCUUCAUGCCGACGAGCUUCGCCACCCAGCGGUGUCCUCUUUCUUCGUUUUCAUUCCAGAUCUUGCGUCGACCUUAGACAUUGCGCUUUGGAAUAUUGUCAAAUAUCUAUACACGGUCCCUGAGUAUAAUUCUCCUACCGGAGAAUCUGGAAAACAUUUCAAACGACCCUAUUUCCACCCCUCGAUUCCCGGCACUCGUUCAGUUACCGUCUUUCUACGGAAUUUCGACGGAGUCGCAUACACUCUUGGCACGGAACUGGACAACGACCACAAAGAGAUUCAUCUGUCUCUCCCUUAUAUCAAGCAUUGUAUGGAUUCGGCGGCCAGUGCUGAUCCAGUCUGUGAGUUAACGGGGGUUCUCACACACGAGCUCGUGCAUUGCUACCAGCACACCUCGCCCCCGAGGAACGAUGGCAAAGAGACAAAGGAUAUUCCGAAUCCGCCAGGAGGUCUGAUCGAAGGCAUUGCAGAUUUUGUACGGCUCAAGGCUGAUCUCUCACCACCGCAUUGGAAACGUCCCACGUCCUCAAAUGAACGAGAGAAGAAGUGGGAUGCAGGCUACCAACAUACGGCUUACUUCCUAGCAUGGAUCGAGGGCGAAUGGGCGGGUGAAGGCGCGAUUGGGAUGUUGAAUGACCAACUUCUAAGAGUCGGCUAUGAGGAUGGGGAUGGAGAACAUGGCAAGGGCGUGGGUUUUUGGAGGGGUCUUUUCGGGGUAACCGUUGAUGAACUGUGGGAUGAGUACGGCAAGUAUCUUGAUGGCUAUGAGGACGAUGAAAAAAAGACUAAAGGCAACUGGGAGGAAGAGAUUGUUAAUCCAUGA